UUGUAACGUGCCAAACCAUAUAAAUACUCGCCGAAAUCGAGGACUCUUCACUCGUCCUCGACUCGUCGAAGCAAAAACAAUAAGAAACUUAAAAAUGUUCAAGUUUGCCUGCAUCUUUGCCCUGGUGGCUGUCGCUUCGGCUGGUUUUGCACCAGCGGCUCCACUCGUCGCGGCGGCUCCACUCGCCGCGGUUCCAGCGCCCAUCGUAACAGCGCGAAGCAGUCAAGUGAUAGCUAGGAAUUACAACACACUUGCGGCGGCUCCACUCGCUUAUGCAGCUGCACCAGCUCCGCUCGCUUACACGGCACCAGCCGCAGUUGCGGCUGCUCCAGCCCCCCUUGCUUAUGCAGCUCCAGCGGCGGUUGCGGCUGCUCCAGCCCCUCUUGCUUAUGCAGCUCCGGCGGCGUACAGCCCGGCUCUGGCUUACAGCGCCGCUUAUCCUGCUCAUUAUGCUGCGCCUCUGACUUACCCGGCGCCUCUCGUUUGCGAGUGGUGCGCGUGUGAUGAAGAUUCCGCGCACCAACACACUCUCCCUCUUUCCACGUGGUAUAAAAGCGAGAAGUCUUCGAACACUGGCCAUACUUCGUCUCACUAUCCGAUUCGGACUAAACCGUCAAGCAUCAUGGUGUCUUACACUUCGGUCACGCUGGUUGUGUUGGUGGCGUGCUUUGGCAACAGCAUGGCCGGUGUUAUUUCAGCUGCAGUCGCAGCUCCGGCGCCAUUAGUGGCAGCUGCCCCUGCCGCAAUUGCGGCAGCUCCAGUAAUCGCUUACGGGAAGGCGGUUCCUCACAACGUUCCACCCCACGCAUCGAGGAUCGACCUGAGUACGAGGACACUGGCAGCUCCCUUCGUCGCAGCGCCUGCGGUCGCACCGGCUCUUGCGCCUUUAGUCGCCCCGGCAGUUGCGCCUGCAGUUGCGCCGGCAUUCACCCAUGCAGUAGCGCCCGCAGUUGCUCCAGCUUUCGCACCAGCCCACUUUGCUUACAGUCCUUACGCUCUUGCAGGAAACUUUGCCGCUCCGCUCGUACAUCCGACCGUUGUAGGUUGAGGGGUUGACAUUCCACGCUGAAAAAUGACCACGAUUUCCUACAAUUUUUUCAAUAAAAAGACAUUUUCUCAAAUA